UGUUGAAUGGAGUCUGUUGCCUCCAAUUCAUCACCAUCGGAGCAUCGGUCGCACCCCCGGUUUAAGCCUACACAGCCUGUUGCAGACCGGAUAGUCAGAGCCAUCCGCCACCACCUUCGUCUCCUUCAUCGCUCUGAGUCCAACUUCUUUGUGUUGGGCGCCACUGGGAAUGUGUAUACGGUGACUUUAUCCACCAACCCAUCAUGCACCUGCCCAGACAGGACAACACCCUGCAAGCAUAUUCUGUUUGUGUUUAUAAAGGUAUUGGGGGUAUCUCUUGAUGAUUCGUGUCUCAGGAGGAGGACUCUGAGGCCGUGCCUGCUUAGUCACCUGCUUAGCAAGCCUACAUCGCCUGAAGCAGUGGCAGGGGCUGGUGUUCGAGAGAGGUUUCAUCAGCUCUUCUUGCAGGCAAGGGAGGGCUCUUCCAGGCCGGCAAUUGAAAUAGAGGAUGGUACCAUGUGUCCUGUUUGUCUUGAUGAGAUGGGAAGAGGGGAGAAGGUGGUGGCUUGUGGAACAUGUAGGAAUCCCAUACAUGAGGAAUGCUUGUUGACAUGGAAGAGGACUAGAGGGAGGAGGUCAGCUAGCUGUGUCAUUUGUCGGGCCAGGUGGAGCAAUAGGACAGAUCAGGAGAGGUAUCUGAACCUGGCUGCUUAUGUUAGUGAUGAUGAUGAUGAGGUUGCUGAGGGAGAUGGGGGUCUCUGGGGUGAUUAGGGUUUACCAUCACCCAGUUCACCUGAAAAGGAAGAACAAGAAACGCCGUAGAUGAAUGUUAUCUGUAUAUGCUUGCACAACAUAAUGAAAAUUUGAAAAAAAAAAAAAGUGUUUUAUGGUUCAA